UUUUUCUUUCUUUCUUUUUUUCUUACGGAUGGUCGUAGGAAAUGAAAAUCUCGCGAAUGAGGGUUCGCGAUAAUCCGAGGGACGAGAAAUGAGUGGCGAUUACAGUUUUAUCCUUGGAGAGUCGUUUUUCGCUUCGAGGUCGCUGUAGUCGCCUAGGCGUGUUUCGGUGAGGCCACGGUAAAAUGAGAAUCUUCGCUUUGAGCUUUCGCGGAUAUUGCCGAGGCGAACGGCGGAAAGAAAGGGAAGAAAAAGAAGAAGGAGUGAAAGAUGCGAGAGGAAGGUAGAAAAAGAGGAAAGAGACAGAAACAGGAGGGAGAGAGGGACGUCGAGACAUUAAAAUUCACGGUGGAAUUAGCAAAACGAGUUGUGUCCAGGUUCUUUGGCGGACUCCCUCGAGAACAAGCAGUGCUUCCCAUACGAAGAGAUCCCACACUUUCCAGUCUCGACCGUCAAGGGCCACCAAGGACAGAUGGUGUUCGGUUAUCUGCAGGGCGUACCGAUCAUGUGCAUGCAGGGAAGAUUUCAUUAUUACGAGGGUUACCCACUCUGGAAGUGCGCUAUGCCAGUAAGAGUUAUGAAGCUCGUAGGCGUGACUCAUCUAAUCGCGACGAACGCCGCGGGAGGUCUAAAUCCCACAUACAAGGUUGGCGACAUUAUGAUGGUGAAGGAUCACGUGAACAUGAUGGGUUUUGCGGGGAAUAACCCUCUUCAAGGGCCAAACGACGACAGAUUCGGACCGAGAUUCCCGCCGAUGAACAAAGCUUACAACGUUUCUCUCUUAGAAAUCGGCCAGCAAGUGGCGGAUAAAAUGGGUAUAAGCGAUAUCGUGCACAAAGGCGUGUACACGUGUCUCGGAGGGCCAAAUUUCGAGACCGUUGCUGAACUGAAGAUGUUAAGAAUGAUUGGCGUCGAUGCAGUAGGAAUGUCUACGGUGCAUGAAGUCAUCACUGCCAGGCACUGCGACUUGACCGUGUUCGCUUUCAGUUUGAUCACAAAUCAGUGCAUCAUCGAUUACGAGAAUCACGAAGAAGCGAAUCACGAAGAAGUGAUGGACGUAGGAAAAUCAAGACAACCGUUGCUUCAAGAAUAUAUUCAAAAUAAAACCAGAUACCGUGGUGCAAUAACGUGCCCCAACGCCCUAUCCUAUUUUAUCCCCGAGGAAAUCGAUGAGAAUAUACGAAAAUGGAAAUAA